CGGCUAAUUUAUCAUAAAUUCAUCGACAACAAUAAUUCCACACAUGUCUUCAAUUAGCCAAGAACAAAAAACCAUGUCUUCAAUUAGCUUCAACGACUUGCACAGGAUCUUCAACAAGCUAGACAAGAACGGCGAUGGCCUCAUUUGCCUUCAGGAGCUCAAGUGGCUCUUCGAUAGGAUUGGCAUCCAAUUAACCAUGGAGGAGUUGGAAUCAUUUCUAGAGAAACCGAGCCUCGACUUCAAUGAGUUCUUGUUCUUUUAUGAGUCGAUAUCGAAGCAAAACAAAGGUGAGUGCAAGGGGGGUGUGGGCUGUUUGCAAGAUGAUCAUGAGGAAGAAAUGGAGAUUGUAUAUAUGGCUUUCAAAGUAUUUGACAUGAAUGGCGAUGGCUUCAUUUCUUGCGACGAGCUCGAAAAUGUGUUGUCGAGGCUCGAGCUUUGGGACGCUAAUAGAAAUGACAUCGAUUAUUGUAGAAGCAUGAUCCGAGCUUAUGACACCAAUUUGGAUGGGAAGCUGGAUUUUGAGGAGUUUAAGAACAUGAUGUUGCUUACAACAUAGUUCUUCAUUUAGAGAGUUAAAAAAAAAAAAAAAAAGGCCCCUUUGUUAUUAUUGUCAAGUAUAUGAGUUUUAUCUGUUAUUUACAAGUCCAACUUGAGAAGCAUGUGGGUGGCUUCAAGAUUAAAAAUUUUGGUCAUGGAGUUUAUGUAAUCAUCUUUUAAGAAAUAUGAAAACUUGAACUUUUGUUUAGGAUCAAUGAUUGUGGUCUUAUAUAUA